UUUAUUUCGAGGUCGUGAGUCAAACGAAAGGUAGAACAAAAGGAAGCCUCCACCUCAUCUGCGAGUGUAGGUUGUUAGGAAGCUUGUUGCUACGACUAUUGACGAUAAAUUGCCACACUGGCCGUUUCUCCAACACUUCCUCCAUGUGAAGCACGGGACCUGUCUGCCCAGCUGGAUUGGUUCAUCACAACAUCGGUUAUCAUCAGUCUGCUCCGUUCCUCCAGCAGCUAGCUAGCUGUCGGAGUACAUACGCUACUAACUGUACACCGCAGCCGAAGAAGGAGAAGAAACCUCACAAUUCUCACUUUUUUAGGUCUAAAAAACACGUUAAGGCACAGAUUUCCCUCAAGUUUCCCAUCUGAUGGAGCAGUGGUUGUCAGUCUUUGUGAAGAGACACCAUGUUUCCUUGUCACGUUACCCCCUGGCCCUCUGCUGAGCCGCCGGCCUCCUGCGGUCAUGCACCCCCAGCACAGCCCUCACAACCCCUGCCUGAUCUGCUGUGCAGCUGUCCCGCUCCACCUUUGAACACCCACUCUGAGACGCCCUCACCAGACCCCAUGGAGUCCCUCAUCGUGGUCACGGAGUACGAACCCAGCAGACCACCUGGAGAGGCUGGAGAGGAGGAGGUAGAAGACAUGGACAGUUCUGAGACUCCAGAACCAGCUUCCUCUGUGGCGGCAUCUUUCCGGACUCCUUCCUGUGACCUGCUGUCCCACACAGUUGGCCGGUCAGAGGCUCUACUACCUGAAGGCCAAAGGGGAAGAUUAAACCUGUCGGACCGGAAACUAUCUCUGCAGGAGCGCUCGCAAACCGCAACAUCACCUUGCAGCUCUCCGGGACUGAACGGGCGUUAUAUUUACCCGUCAUUACCCUACUCUCCCAUCACAUCUCCCCACUCCUCUCCACGCUUGCCCCGCCGGCCCACUGUGGAGUCCCACAGUGUUUCCAUCACAGACCUCCAGGACUGUGUUCAACUCAACCAGUACAAGCUGAAAGAUGAGAUUGGAAAGGGCUCCUAUGGUGUUGUCAAGCUGGCUUACAAUGAAGAUGACAACACAUACUAUGCGAUGAAGGUGUUGUCCAAGAAGAGGCUGAUGAGGCAGGCAGGUUUCCCACGGAGACCUCCCCCUCGUGGAGCCAAAGCUGUCCCUGAGGGUCCCCCUCAGCCUAAAGGACCCCUGGAGCGGGUCUAUCAAGAGAUUGCCAUCUUGAAAAAGCUGGACCAUUCUAAUGUGGUGAAACUCGUCGAGGUUUUGGAUGACCCCAGCGAGGACCAUCUGUACAUGGUGUUCGAGCUGGUCAAGCAAGGGGCUGUGAUGGAGGUGCCGACAGAUAAACCUUUCAGUGAGGACCAGUCACGCUUUUACUUCCAAGAUCUGCUCCGGGGAAUCGAGUAUUUACAUUACCAGAGGAUCAUCCACAGAGACGUCAAACCGUCCAACCUGUUGGUGGGAGAAGACGGGCACAUAAAGAUAGCAGAUUUUGGAGUCAGUAACCAGUUUGAGGGGACGGAUGCUCUCCUGACCAGCACAGUGGGAACACCUGCUUUCCUCGCCCCUGAAGCACUCUCAGAGACCAGAAAGAAUUUCUCUGGAAAGGCUUUGGAUGUUUGGGCCAUGGGAGUGACACUUUACUGCUUUGUCUUUGGAGUGUGUCCAUUUAUGGAUGAGCGCAUCCUUAGUCUUCAUCAAAAAAUCAAGACACAACCUGUGGAGUUACCUGAACAUGCUGACAUCUCAGAUGAUCUCAAAGAUUUGUUGCUGAAAAUGCUGGACAAGAAUCCAGAGACCAGAAUAUCAAUUCCACAGAUUAAGGUGCACCCAUGGGUGACGAGGCACGGUGCUGAGCCUCUUCCACCGGAGGAUGACAACUGUUGUAUGCUGAUUGAGGUGACGGAGGAAGAGGUGGAGAACUCUGUCAAACACAUCCCCAGCCUGGCUACAGUGAUCCUGGUGAGAACUAUGCUGAGGAAACGCUCCUUUGGGAACCCAUUUGACUGGGGCCGCAAAGAGGACCGCAGCAGUUUGUGUGCUCCGGGGCAAACGAUCACGAAAGGCAGAGCAGGCAAAAUGAAAUACUGCUACAUUCAUUGUAACCAAAGAAGGAAACAGGAGAGCGGUGAUGGCAUGAGAAGUAUGGACCUGCCCUACGUGGGAGAGGAUGAGACUCUUUCCUGAUGCAGAGGGUUCAUUAUGCAUGCUGGUAUCUGCCCACCUGCAACCACACAGCACAACACCCCUUUACUCACAGUUUUAUACUGACAGCCUGUGUACAUUUCCUGGAAGGUGGACGUGUGGCGGACGCAGAAAAAAAAUAGAAAAUUAGGUUCUAAGAACAAUUUAAAAGCUUUUAUUCCAUUCUAUCCUCUUAAAACUUUAAGUUUGCUGUUGUGGGACUUGAGACUGUCCCAUUGGAGCCUUCCAUGAGAGGAUCCUCCAGAACCUUAAACCUGUCUUCAGCUCUUAUCGCCCAACCCAAUUUCCUCCUCUAUUCCCGCAUGCGUUUAUAGUCCUAGCAUGCUUCGUCUCAGGCUUCAACUGUACAGUUUUGUGUGUUAUUGUAGUCUAGCAACUUGUGUUUCUCCUACUUAACGAUACUUUCAGGUAUACAGGGCAUGGGAACAGGCGAGGGUGAUGGUUCAUGGGGAGGGAUGGUCAUCUUCGCCAUCACCUCGACGUUCUCCUUCGUAGAGCAGGUUUUCUUGACAAUGAUUGUCUGGCUCACUCUGCUUCAGGGUAGCAGUGCCCAGUUUUGUAACAUAUUUUAAAGUGAGGAAUCUGUACAGUUUUCCCAAAAUGAAAAAGGGGAGUGAAAAAAUGUUUACUUAAUCGAAUGCAUGUGUUUACGUUCCCAAUGCAAACACUGUAUAAGCUAUUUAUAAGCAUUUGCACGCUCAUAUACACACUUGGUUGACACAGUUUUUUUUUCUAGUCUUAUAACUGGCUCUUUAUGAAGACACAUUUACUACAAUCAAUAGAAAGCUUUAAAAACGGUGGAUAUAGUGCUUUGCAAACAAUCCAAUUCAUCACUACUGCAUACACAAUAGAAUAGAAAAAAUUGGGGUUUUCCACUUUUAGUGAAUCUUUUUUUGAAGUGAGCAUUUAUAUGGUUUUUAGGUGUUUGCUUUAGAUUUUUAAAUUAAUAGAUCUACAACAACUUGAGUAAAAAAAAAUACUGAUCUACCAAAUGCAUAUGAGAAAAACAAAAUGUGUUGGUGCAUAAUUAUUCUGUCUGCAAUGGUUCAAAUAGUUUUCUAUUGUUAAAAAUGCAAAUCAAUUCUCUUUAAUACAAUGGCGUAUUAGGACCAUUGUAGGUAAAAAAAAAAUAAAAAAGUAGUGAAAGGUUUAAAAAAUGACAGUGAUAAAUAAAAUAAAAAAAUAGGAUUCAAGUGGUGAAUUCACAAGGAAAAAACUUGAUAAUCUCAUAGAUUAUAAAGUCAUAAAUUUGUGAAAUGUGUUUUGGAUGACAUAGCAGUCAGAUUAAGAAAUAAGGAAAUAUUUGUGUCAACAUAUUAUCAUAAGCAUAUGGACUUUUUUUUUUUUUUACCUACAAUUGCUCAAUACGCCGUCCUAGUUGGCUCCAGUUAUUUGGACAAACAAGGUUGUGUGUUGUGAUACUGAGGGAGAGAUUCACAAGUUUCAACUGUGUUGUAUGUAGACUGAAAACAGAAACUUCUGACUAUUGAACCUCAAGUUUAAAUUGUGAAUGUUUUCUUGUUUUAUUUGUUUGUAUUGUAAGAAUUAUUGGUGUAAAACAGCACAUUUUUUUAGGACACCAAAAACUUCAAUUCUGUCUCAUUUCUUUGUAUAGUACAGUACCUUAAAGAAAACCAACCUUUAAAAUAUUUGUUCUUUAUUGAACUUUUAGAGCUGGCUACCGAAGUAAGUUUUGAGAUGGAAGCAUAGUGCAGCUGCAGACCUUUGUACAAAUCUAUGCAUGUCAUAACUGUAAAGGUUGUUAAACCUAAAAAAAAAAAAAAAAACCUGUUGUCAUCAUUGGUGGGAGGAGUAGGCCACUCUGCAGAUAUUUCUAGUUAAUUAUGAAUUACUUUUUUAUGUUUUGAUGUGUUCCACUUUAGAUGAUCCCAAAGCAGUAAAUUAGCAUUUAUCCACAAUUUUUUCCCUUUUGUUGACUUUCAUUUGUUUUUAUCAAAUAUGUUUGUCUAAGUACAGAUACAGGCAUUUGAUGUAUCUCCAACAUGGAUCAUUGGCACAAUAUUAAUUACAUUUAAUGCUUCCACGCACUAAUUACCUUAGCACUUAUGUGUGUUCAAGGUAUCAAAAAGGGACUUUUCUUUUCUUUCUUUCUUUUUAAUGUAAUACUCGCAUGUCACUCUGAACUGUUUUCUAAGACUAGUACUAUGCAUAUGAUGUGUCUUUCUCUGUAUGGUGCAUUGGUGGCAGACUGUCAUGUACAGUAGUGGCUGCAUGAGGAGGGCUGUAUGUGGUUGUACUCAUUCUGAUUUAUUUUUGCUUACCCGAUGUGUUUUCCAGAAAGAUCUGAUUAAGUUGUGCUCUGGCUUUAGAUUUCCAUACAGUUAUUGUACUGUACUUCUCAAUGAUAAUACUCAAUGAUGAUAGCCAAUGAUUUAGACUGAUAAUUCAUUUCAGAAAUGCCUCAAUUUGUGUUAUACUGUGAAAUUUUACCUCAUUUAAACAUACUUAACGUAUACUUUCCACACAUUCAUGAGAUAUUUUGGUGACACUUUCUAUGAAGGCAACAUCUAAAGUGCAUUAUGAAGCUUCAUGACUACACUGAUAAACACAUAUCCCAUUCUGAUACACUAAAGUCAUAAAACAAUACAGAUGACAUCAUGAUUUAUACGUUUAAGUGUCUUAUGGAUGCUCUGAACUCGUCUUGACUAGAGGUUGACUGACUAUAGACUCUUCAUCAAUCAACUGUAUUAAGGACUUCAAUUACAUUUUGGUCCAUACGGUAUCAUAAUUUAUCAUCGUAUGUGUUAUAGGGCUUUUGACAUAACUGUGAUAUUUAAAAAAUUAAGAACACAUGAAUGUUAAGAAUAAACAUAAUAAUAUUAUGUGAAUAAUCAAAGUUUCUCCUUAAUAAUUUCUGUUCUUUUUGUACAGUUAUGAUUACAGGCUCUCCCUCCACCUCCCUACAUGAAUAUUUUCUGUGUAAUUAAAAUUAACCCCCAAAAAUAAACAAAAUGCACAGUGAACACAGUAAUUUUCUAAUAGUCCAAAGGUAAGGCAAUAGUAACAUUGUAAUACCUUUUUUUCCCCCGACAAUAAUCAUGUAGUGAAAAUCUGAUAUUGUGUCAGACCUAAUUUGUUAAGUAAAGUAUGUAUUGGUGCAUUUUUAUUAAUUUGUGCUUUAUCAUAACUUUUAUUACUGUUGAAAUUGAGUCAUCUUUAGGAAUGGAACAUUAAGAUGUAGAUAAUUAUAGUAAAAAAAAUAGUGUCUUAUUAUAAUAUCUUCACUAUGGGAUGAAAACAGUGAGUUAAAAUCUUUAACUUGUAAUUCUUUGCAUAAUUAUUUUUUAAUAUUUUACCAUCUUACAUAAUAUUCACAAAUAUUGCAGCACAGAAUAUUUUAAAUGCAUAAAAAAUGCAUUACACUUUACCUACCAGCAACAAUAUAAUAUUAUGAUAGAGCAUUAUUAUACAUUAUUAGAGAUGCACUAAUAUGUCCUUCACUUUACUUAAAACAUCGAGACAAGAUCAUCUAGAACACACUUGAAACUAUAAAAGUCAGUUCUAAUGUUUUAUGGCUGUUAUACAGUGCAGCAUAAAGCAAUAUGUGUGUUCAUAAGUGUAGUCAUGAAGCGGUAAGAUGCAUUAAAGCAUUAUAAUCACAAUAAAUGUCCUCAUAAUGCACUACAGACGUAAUCAUAGAAAGUGAGACUCAGAUACUGUUAAGUUGCUAUAGUUUUGACCGUAAAGAAACAGGACAGGUUCUUCCCUUUUGGUGUGAAUAUUUGCCCUCCAUGACCGACAGGAAUGAACUGUAGGACAGUGCAAGCCACAGAAAAGCUGUAAGAUAAAUAUUUUAUACAUACAAUAUUUAAACUUGUAGUUUGUUUCAAUACAGUCCGUGCCCUUCCUCGUCAGAUGGGCCAGACUUAGUGAUUAACCUUUAUCGUUCACAUGGUUUUGCAUUCUGUAGUGUAAAUUUAUUUCAUUAAGAGCUUUGGGGGCUCUUUUCCCCUAAAUGCAUGCCAACAUACUGAACACAUACCACUGUAUUGUCAUAGCAUGGCAGGUCCUUGACACCAAAACGGGACCUUUAAAUUAAUUAUUCUAUACAUACUGUAUCUUGUUCAUCUUUGAAUAAAAUAUUAUUGCCUUUC